UUUCCGAUUUGAAAAGACGAAUUUGACCUCUGCAUCCGGAAUCCGUCCAGACGAACAGGCGUCUAUGAUUGCCUGGAGAUUGGUGCCUAAUCAGUUGGAGGAAGUCAUGAAAGUGUUCUGGAGGGGUUGGAUAGAAUUAUUGAGCACACCAGAUCCCGAGAUGAGCACUGCAAUCGACUUCAUUGAUGGUGGGAGGAGCUUUCCGAUCGGAUUUGAAGAUGCUCGAUUCCCACGCUCAUAAUGUUAUGCUUAUCGUUUCGGAUUUUGUUCUCCGAGGUUUUUGUCAACAGUAUGUACUUGCAAUAUCGAGUGGUCAGCUAUUGGGUCCCUCUCCUGGAGUUGAGCAACCAGAGUCGACCAGAAAGAAUGGGUCACUCGAUCGCCCACGUUCGUCACGAGUGCCUCCAUUCUUCCCCGCGUCCCAAUAUUCGUGUCGAUGGGAAAUAUCUUCGGUGUUUCUGAGCCCAACGCGUCUGCUGGCAGAUCCCUACAAUGGGGUGCAUGAUACUAAGAUUAUCCGUAUUCUGUGCAGACCUCCCUAUGUAAUUCAUCAAACUACACCGUUAAAAUAUCGGGGAAAGUUAGGCGAGCAGGAACCCUGUCCGCCCUCAAAUCGGCAAAAAAUAAAAAUAAAAAUGGCAAAAAGGAGUCACUUUGCGCUAGCGCGGUAUUCACGUACUGAGUUCUCAAUGGGGAAAGCGCAGCACUUCCUGUCAACAUGAGCUAGGCACCUUCCCGACAAGAUCAAGAUGGCAGAUUUUUUGGGCUGUCCAAAGACUGAGGUCUCGUCACGAUGCAAGACCCAUCCCUGUUUGAUCCGCAUGGGCAACCGCGCUCACGACGCACACUGCGCCGGCACAACUGACAACCAGUCCC